UUUGCACAGUGAAGCUCAAAUAUCCAACUGAAGUAACAAGAAGAAAAAAAUAUUUUUGAGUGGAGGGUGACUUAAAGCCUUGCCUCAUAAUAAUCAAAUUGAGACUUUUUCUUCAGUAUCAAAUUAAGUACAUCCAUGGCUACACUGCAAACAUGAACUGCUAGUAUAUAAUGCAGUGUGACUUCAUGGUGAAAAUUCGCCAACAUGUGCACACAUAUCUGCUAAAAAAAUAUUAAAUAAAUAUAUGAGUUGUGGACCAUUUUAACCACUAAGUUAAUCCUGAAUAACUUGGACAUGAUCAAUCGUUUCUACCAGAUUUAUUGUGCAGUGCAGGAUAAAAUUUGACUGGUACAAGCGUUAGUUUUAAGUUAGUUUUAGUGUUAGUAAACAGGAGAAUGACAAACUGGAGUUAGGGACCGUCUUUAAGUUUGUGCAAAAUGUCCCAAUAGAGCUUUUCAGAUUUCUGUUGUUAUUUUUCUCAUUUUUUAUUAUGGACACUUCAGAUAAACUUUAUUUUCAUCUGGGUCUCCUCUGUUUUUUUUCUUUUUUUAAACCCUGAAGUAUUGCCCAAUGAAUUAUUCUAGCUUAUAUUCACCCAACAUAUCUCUACCCAGAUCACACAGUUUAGACUUUGAUGAACUGUGGUCAGUGUGGUUUCCUAACAUACUUUUCUCAUUACAGCAAUUCAUCUUGAUUAUCACAAACCCUAUCAGCAAAACCAGCCAACUUCCACACGUCACAAGAUCUGAAAAAAUUUAAAGCCAACAUGUACUUGGCAGGAAGUUCAUUUACUUUACCUGGGCAGGCCUCCAAUGUAUUAACACUGUGGUAACGCUUGCUGUGCUAGUGGCAUUUUUGUAGAAUUUAUGUUAAGACAGGUCUGAAGAUCAGGUGAAAACACUCAGGCCACUGGGGCUCCAUUCCAAUUUGAUUACCUUUUGCAUUUUAAUAAUGCUUUGGUUACAUAAUAUGUACCAAUCCAGCAGGUAUUGUGACGACAUCUGGAAAUCUUCACUGUUGUAUAGUGUAUUGUUGCAUUGUGCUGUGGGCAGGUAAAAGUCUAUUGCCCUUUUGAGCUUUUUUUAUGACAUGCAAUCAGUUUUUUAGGAUAAGGAUCAUAAAUUAGAUCAUUAUUAAAGUUCUUAUAUAACUUAUCACACCUAAAUAACCUACAUCUGUUUAAUUCAUCUUUACCCACCUCAUUGUGUAACAGAGUCACAGACUUGAGGUAAAUGUUGCUCAUGACAAUGUUAACGUGCUGGUGUCAAGCAGUAAAUAUGUAUUAUGGCCGCUGUCUUUGUUAAGUGUGUAAGCAUGAUCAUUUUUGUAAUCAACACUAAACAUAAAGUACAGCUGAGGCUGAUGGGAAUGUCAAUAGCUUUGAAGGUAUUUGGUCGUAAACCCAAGUUUUUGGACAAACUGAAAUUUUGAGCGGAUGGUGGGUCUGGAUGAAAAUCCGGUGAUCACCAAAUAUAUUACAGUUCAUCCUGAGUGGAGCAUGAAUGUCUGCACUAAAUUUCAUUGCAGUCUUUUGCAAUCCUGUGAUAUUUUACACAAAAAUGAACCUCAUGGUGGAGUUGAGGAAAAGUUAGAGGAUCACUUAAGUAAUUUGGAUACAUUGUCUGCAAACUAUGAAUGAUGACCAAAUUUUCAUCUUUGUUGCGAUGGCGGUGAUGGUGGCAAGUCAGGACCAGUCAUCACCACAGUUUUUAGGAAUCAUCCUCUGAAGACCUUGAAUAUCUUUAACAGAGUUCAUGGCAAUCCAUCUUAUACUUGUCUAGACAUUUCUAUUAAAACCACAAAUGUCAACCUGCUGGUGAUGUUUGAUGAAAAGUCAAGGAACCACUAAACUCAUCAUGAUUCAUCCUCUGUUGACCAUGAUAUCUGUACAAAUUUCAUGGCAAUUUGUUUAAUACUUGUUGAGAUAUUUCAGUCUUGAACAAAGUGGUGAACCGAUGAGACUAACAUUUCCCUUUCCACUUGUAAAUCUAGUUUGAUGUCAGUGCCUUUCUAAAAGCCGUAAAGUAUGGCCUCUUGUAGCUUAUUGUUUAAACAUUCAGAAAAUUAAUUGGAAACAACUUCUUACACACAUUCAUUUGCCUGAAUGCCAGGGUUCUUGCUACCUUUUUAUGAAUUGUCUCAUAUGUUUCAACUCCAUCAUUAUUGCUCUUAUCACCAGAAACACCUAUCAGGUUGUAAAAGCAAUGUUUGAAAUCAGUGGCCUCACCUCUUCACACUGCCUUAUUAAACUGCCACCAUAUCUUCUCAACUAUACGUGUUGCCAUCUUCUUACAGUUGUUGCCUUAUUAAUAGGUAACUGUCUCCUGGUAUACCCAACACACUCCAAAGUGCAGCAAUUUAUCUAAUCAGUAAUCACCACAACUCCAUCAUUAUUGCACUUAUCACAAGAAACACCUGUCAGGUUGUAAAAGCAGUCUUUGAAAUCAGGGGCCUCGCCCCUUUUCACUGCCUUCUUAAACUGGAACUAUAUCUUCUCCUCAACUAUACCUGUUGCACAUCUGCGGAGAGAUGGUCUCUAAAGGAAUUUGCAUUGUCCUGAAAUGCCUACUGGUUCUUACAGUUGUUGCCUCAUUGAUAGGUAACUGUGUCCUGAUAUGGCUCAACACCCAACGUACUCCAAAGUGCCCUGCUCAACAGGUAAACCCGGUCCAACCUGCAGUGCAUAAUGAUCGCAGUGACGUCUUUGCUGACCUCUCGGUUGAGGAGUAUCUUCAGGUGUGCGACUACAUGUCCAAGAUCCCAGGGAUGAAUAUCUCGUUUAACCCGAUCGUACCUCCUUUUCUUGACUACCUGUAUUUGAUUGACCUCUCUCUGCCAAAGAAACAGAUUGUUUUGCACCAUCUGGAUAACAACGGGCCAAAACCAGCAAGAGAGGCGACUGCUGUGGUUUUUCAUGCCACUACGAACAACAUAAAGGAAUAUGUAGUGGGUCCUCUCCCCAACCCAACCUACCACCGUGAUGUUACCUUUGAGAGGUAUAAAAUGGAGAUCCCUUUGACUGCACGUCCGAUGUACCUUGGGGAGCUAAUUCUUGUAACAGGGUUUCUGCGGGAAGUGCUUACACCAGUCAGCGCACUUCUAAAAGAAAGUUUUGGUAUAGAUGAUUUAGCAAACCCAGUUUACUAUGACAGCAUGCCCAGGGGUGUCAAGUCAGGGGACAGACAGUCGUGGAUUUCUCUUUGUCGAAAUGAGGAGGGUUUCUUCAUCCACCCGGUGGGCUUUGAAAUCUUAAUCAACCACCGAAGCAUCAAUGUUUUUUCUUGGCGUGUGAUUAAAGUGCUUUAUAACGGUCAGUACUUUGACAGCAUAAAAGAACUGAAGGAGAAAUAUGAGGCAGGAAUUGUGAGAAAAGUCAUCUACAAACCUGGGCCAAACUACGCAUCACUCAAACCUAAGCAGAAACCCACGGGUAUUGGACCUCAGCAGUUUUAUGUACAAGGCAAGCGAUUCAGUGUCAGAAACAACCACGUUGUCUACCUUGACUGGAGCUUUUCUUUCGGACUGAGUGUACUUACAGGCAUGAGAGCUUUUGACAUUCGCUUUAAAGGGGAGAGAAUCAUCUAUGAGCUAAGCGUUCAAGAGGCCAUGUCGGUCUACGGGUCUGCCACCCCAAAUCUUAUGCUCACCAAGUUUCUUGAUGGCAGUAUGGGAAUUGGUCGGUGUGCCUAUGAGUUGGUCCGGGGGGUUGACUGUCCUUAUUCAGCUACCUACGUAGACACUUUCCACUUUAUGGACACUGGUGCUCCGCGGCAACUCAAAAACUCAAUUUGCAUCUUUGAGCAUGACACCGGCCGACCUCUAAGGAGGCAUUUCUCAGAAGCGGUCUACAACAGUUAUGGAGGACUAGUAAACAGUGCCUUAGUGGUCAGGACAAUCACAGCUAUAGGAAAUUAUGACUAUGUGUGGGAUUUCAUCUUUUAUCAGAGCGGCUCAGUGGAGGCCAAAGUGCAUGCCACUGGCUACAUCGCCUCUUCUUUCAUGCUGAAGGGCAGUUUUCCAUACGGUCACCAAGUGGCAGAAAAUGUCACAGGAAAUAUCCACACCCAUUUUAUCAACUUUAAAGUGGAUGUUGAUGUUUUAGGAGUGAAGAAUGUAUUCCAGACCAAAGACAUGGAGUUUGUGAAUGUCUCACUGCCCUGGAAGCCAGAACGCUACGCCAUGAUCCCUAGGAUAGUGGAGAAACAACUUCAAACAGAACAGGAGGCAGCUCUGCGUUACGGUGCCAAGACUCCUCGCUACCUCCACAUUGCCAGCAACCAGACCAACCGCUGGGGCAACCAGCGCUCCUACAAGCUGCAGGUGUACAGCUUCACCGGGGACCACCUUCCAGAGAGCCAGGCUGAGGAGAGGGCUAUGUCUUGGGCCAGGUAUAAGGUUGCCAUCACUAAGCAGAAGGACUUGGAGCGGAGCUGCGGCAGUCUGUACAAUCAGAAUGACAUGUGGACUCCAGCUGUUGACUUUAGCAAGUACAUUGAAGACAAUGAAAGUAUUGAAAAUGAGGACCUGGUCGCCUGGGUUACCACCGGCUUCCUCCACAUCCCUCACGCCGAGGACAUCCCUAACACAGUGACUGUGGGCAACGGGGGCGGCGUCCUGUUGCGGCCACACAAUUACUUUGAUGAGGACCCAUCCAUACACUCUCCUGAUGGGGUGUACUUUGGCGCGGGCAGCGAGGAAAGCUGUGACAACAACAGGAUGGCCUGCCUUGCUCAAGAAACCUGUAGCCCCGUGCUGGAACCCUUCACCUACAAUGGCUUUCAGCAGUGGUGGCCUGAAGGUUAGAGAAGCGGGUAUGUGUAAGGCAUGGACAUUAUAACCUGACUUUGCACCAUUACUCUGGUGAAACGCUCAUACCAAUGCUGUUUGCUGCUGCAGCUCCCUUCAACACACCAAACCCCUCUGUAUGUGAUAAGCUUUCAGUAUAAUUGAUUUAAGUAAAGCUAAUAUAAAGAUUUAAUGUUCAUAGAUGAUUUUUGUUGGAGCAGCAGAAUUCUCAUUGCUGCUCAGAUUCUUUUGAGAGCUCCCUCAAAGAGCAGAACCUUUUUCCACCAAAUCUGCGUAACACUUGCUAUAAAAGGUCAAUUCCUUAUGCAAGUGCCUUUUAGCGCCAGAACCAAACAAUUUCAAAUCAUUUUCAGAUAUGUCCGACUGUUAGACAGUAUCAUAUUGAGAUUGGGACACAUCACCCAAAGUAAAACACAACAUAACAAAUUGUUUUGAGGUACCAGGCUAGUUUCCCUGCAGCUUCUGAAUGUGGACACUAAUAAGCCUCCCACAGGCUGACCAUUGUGUUCAGUUUCCUUCCUCUUCCUCACUGUUCUCAAUGAGGCCAAAAUGACAGGGUGUCAGGUAACACGCUAAACACUUGUUGAAAAUCAACAAGAGCUUGUGUUGCUAAUUAGGCACUAGAAACAUUAGAAAACUCAUUAGAAAACCUACCUCCCACAG